AUGGAGUUUCUUCAGAAAUCAAUUCCCGGUACCUUGAGGGGAUACUGGAGAAGGCGGCGAUACCAAAGACUCCACGGCGGCGAAGUGAUCAAGAAAAAGAACGUAAAACUCACGAGGAUCGGAGCGAGGUCGCGAAGGUUUUGGAAGAUCAAAGCGAUACCGAAGCUGCGAUGGAGGCCGAUGAAGCUUUUGACGAAGCUCAAAAACGGUUACAUGAAUAUGAUGUUAAGGUUAGCUGGGACUGAGAAUCAAUUCGGAGGGAAACGGAUUCCCAAAGCUCGAAAGGUUGCUUUGGGUUAUUCGUGCUAUGAAUUUGAUCAAAGGUUGGUUUAUGAGAUUUACAAGAAUUUAAGUGCUACUCAUGAGCUAUAUGGAUAA